AUGGAAAGCUACUUUGUCAAUCAGCGUGAAACCAUUUUUCGGAACGUUGAGGUGCUGAUCUAUGUGUUUGACAUAGAUAACUAUGAAGUGGCCAAAGAUCUAAACUAUUACCGGUCUUGCCUGGAAGCUGUCAACCAGAAUUCCCCUGGUGCGAGAAUCUUUUGCCUCAUACACAAGAUGGACCUGGUUCCAGAAAACAAACAACAGGAG